AUGAGUUCUUCCGGAGAAGAAGAGGCGCUUCAGGUGCCCAAGCCGGUGGAUUAUGGUAGUAUCAGCGCUCCCGAGUUGCCCUCCCCGGCCGAUGAAAAACUGCCUCGCAGCGUGUUCUUGAUCAUCCUCAUCUCUCUGUUCAUCUAUGUAUUUUUAUCAGCUCUGGAUUCAACCAUGGUUGCGACCUUGUUGGGCGUUAUUGCAAGCGACAUGAACGAGCUUGAAAAUGUUUCAUGGGUGGCAGCCAGCUAUCUGCUUUCGUGUGCCGCUUUCCAGCCGUUGUUUGGUAAGAUUUCAGACAUUUUUGGCCGAAAGCCAAUCGUCCAAAUCUGUGCCAUUCUGUUUGCUAUAGGAUGUGCCAUGUGCGGAAUAACAACCAGUUUCUGGUCUCUGGUGGCGGGAAGAUUCAUAACUGGAAUUGGCGGCGGUGGACUAAACGCAAUGGCCUCUAUCACUGUUUCCGACAUCGUUUCUAAACGGCAACGGGGACUCUAUCAAGGGUAUCUGAACAUCUUUUUCCAUUGUGGAGCUGCCAGUGGUGGAGUCAUUGCAGGUGUCUUUGAGAGACUGUUUGGUUGGAGAAGUGCGUUCUUGGUACAGGUCCCAGUCUGUCUGAUUUGUAUUUUCCUCACCCAGCUGUACUUCCAGCUACCAAAGAGCUCUGUUGGAAACGGAAUGCAAGGCCAUGGAUACUGGAAGAAACUUGCUCAUAUUGACUACACUGGAUCGUUCAUUUUGGUGUCGGCAUUACUUGCCCUGAUGCUGGCUGCGUCGUUUGCAGGACAGGAGCAGGACUCCAGUCCGCUGCUAUUCCGAGGCCUGGUUCUUUACAGUGUGUUUGGCUUGGUGUCUUUCUACUACUACGAUCUCAAGGUAGCCAGUCAGCCAAUCAUUCCAAUUAGGCUGUUGCACAACCGCACAGUUUUGGCAUCAUCGCUCUGUUGCUGGUUCAUCUCGAUGAACCUGUUUACAUGUCUGUUUUAUCUUCCGUUCUACUGGAGCGCCGUGAAAAACCUCUCGCCGCUGGAGUGUGGAAUGCGGUUGAUUCUUGGAAGCUUUGCCGCUUCUGUCUCGUCCAUGGUGGCAGGAUACAUUAUCCGCCAGAGCGGACGUUACUGGAGACAGCAGCUCUACACGGGGAUCGUUGUCGUUCUUGGAAGUUUGCUUGUUUUCUCGUCCCGAAGAAACGACUCGGUGAUUCUGGACUCACUGGUGAAUGUUCCACUUAGAUACGGAACGUCUAGCGUUAUCACCAUUCUUUUGAUAGCCAUGAUUUCCUCGGUUAAGUCAAAUGAACAAGCUCUGGUGACCUCAAUCCAGUACGGUUUCAGAUCUACCGGUUCGACGUUGGGAGUGUCGCUUGCGUCGGCGCUUUUACAGUUUUCGUUGCGGGGCCAAUUGAAUUCGAGGUUUGCAAAGCUGUCGGAUAUUCCUGAAAAAUGGGUCGGAAAACUCGAUUUGAUCAAGAACUCUGCACUGGCUGAUCCCAGCUACACGUUCACGGGGGCGCCACAGUUUGCACGCAAUGCCAUCCUGGACAGCUACGACUACUCCUGCCACAUUGUAUUUGGGUUCCUUAUUGUCACUGGACUGCUGUCCCUUGUGAGUAUCUGCUUCAUUGAGGACCACGACCUCGAAUCCGACAAAUAG